AUGAUAAAUGCUGAGGAAUAUUACCGCCCUCUGGUGGCCACAGUGACAAACUACAACAGCAUCCUGCACUGUUCAGGAGUUUGUGAAAUGAUGUUCAGAAAUCAUUCAAAGCCUGUUCUGUGCUCGGCCGUCUCUGAACAGACUCUUUUGAAAACCGUCACUCACAUUUUCUCGGAGGCAGAAACAGCUCGACUCAACGACUCCAACGGCUGCAAACCGGAUCACCCGCUGGAUCACUGCACUGCAUCAGAUCCAGGUGUGUAUGAUGAGAUCAUGCAGUCCGUUCUGCACUCCGGUUAUCUCUACAAGUCCAACUGUGUCAACAGAGGAACACUGUCGAGAAAAACACGAGAAGACUUCCAGAAGUUCUGGUGUUCUGUGGACCAGUCUCUGCUGUUCUAUGAGUCGGACCGAUCAGCUGAUCCCUGCAUGCAGAUCAGCGUUAAAGACAUCGUGUGUUUAGGAAUCAGCCGACCGGACUCCUCCAAUACCAGCAACAACGGCUUCAUCGACAGGUUUCGUUACACGUUUGAAAUGUAUCUGAGGUCAGAGAAGCUUUAUCAGUUUGGUUUGGAGACGGCCGACGCUCUGCACAGCUGGACCAAAGCCAUCGGGAAGGCUGCGACGCCGCUCAGCUGCCACUGUCUGCUGACUCGGGAGUUUGAUCGCGUGGGUCUGCUGCGGUACCGAGCCAUGCUGGACCCUCAGCAGUGGAAGGAGGCUUUCUUCGUCCUGCAAAAGUCCAACCUGUUCAUCUGUCCCCGACACGACGGCGCCGCGGAGGACAUCAUCAACCUGAACCACCUGCAGGAGCUCAGUGAGUGUCCCGUCCUGAGCGAGAACCACGAGAAGAAAGACAUCCUGGUUCUAGUGGAGAAGGGACGGACUCUGCACCUGCAGGGCGUCGGUCGGACAGAUUUCUCUCUGUGGUACUCGGACAUCCAGCGAGCGGCCGGCGGUAAAGGAAACACUCUGAGGGAGCAGCAGCUGAGCAGGAACGACAUCCCCAUCAUCGUGGACAGCUGCAUCGCCUUCAUCACACAGUAUGGUUUGGGCCACGAGGGGAUCUACAGGAAGAACGGAGCCAAAUCCAGAAUCAAGCUGCUGAUGGAAGAGUUUCGUAAAGACGCUCGAAACGUCAAACUGCGGAUUGGAGACCACUUCAUCGAAGACGUGACGGACGUCCUGAAGAGGUUCUUCAGAGAGAUUGACGACCCCAUCUUCAUGGAAGACCUCCACCCGCUGUGGCAGGAGGCCGCCAAAAUCCCUCAGAAGAGUCAGAGGUUCGAUCGCUACAAGGAGAUCAUCCGGAGUCUUCCUCGAGUCAACAGGACGACUCUGGCGGCUCUGAUCAGCCACCUGUACAGAGUGCAGAAGUGUGCCGGUCUGAACCAGAUGUGCACCAAGAACCUUUCUCUGCUGUUCGCUCCCAGUCUGUUCCAGACCGACGGGAAAGGAGAACACGAGGUGAAGAUCGUAGAGGAUCUGAUAGACAACUACCUGUACGUCUUCGAUAUCGAUGAGGAGCAUCAGACUCAGAUCGAACUGGAAAUCAGUCUCAUCACCACCUGGAAGGACACACAGCUGUCUCAGGCUGGUGAUCUGAUCAUCGAGGUUUAUCUGGAGAUGAAGAUACCAGACUGCUGCAUCACUCUCAAAGUAUCUCCCACCAUGUGUGCCGAGGAGCUGACCAAUCAGGUUCUUUACAUGAGGAACGUCCCGGCCGGAGACAAAGACGUCUGGAUGACGUUUGAGGCCAUCGAGACGGACAGCUGGAGCGUCCGUUACACCCUAAGAGAAAGUCUUGGAGCAGGCGCUGCAGUGGUGCAAGAUGGCCGACCCGAGCUCAGCCUACCUGUGGUGAAGAGAGUUCCUAAAGGAGAAGGCAUCAACAUCCUCACCUCCUAUAAGAGUGAGAUCAUGAAGAUCGGUCUGCUGAUGAAGUGUCGUGAGGAACCUCCGAAACUGCUUCAGGGGAACAAGUUCCAGGAGAGGACGUUCCAGAUCAAAGAGCACAAGCUGCUGCUGCUCAAAGACAAAAAGAGCAUCAAACCAGAGAAGGAAUGGGCGCUGAAGUCCAUGAAGAUCUACAUCGGCAUCCGCAGGAAGCUGAAAGCUCCAACCAG